UACGCAUAAAAAGAAUAGCGGCGGCGUCCUUGAUCAGUCUUUACUUAGGAGCUAGGCCUGGCAGCAGGCAGCAGUACAUAGGCUACGUGAGGACAAUGGCUGGAUGCGUACCAGUACCUUCAGAGGAGCCUUCUACUACUUCAAACCCUGUGUCAUCUAAUGUGCAUGAAAAUGUGAAGAAAUACUAUGGCCGAUAUCUGGAGUCCUCCGAAGGAUUGCAAACCAGUGCUGCAAGCUGUAGUUUUCCUUGCCGCCCAACCCCAAAAAGUGUUGUGGAUGCAUUGACCCUUGUUCAUCCUGAAGUGACCCAAAGAUUCUUUGGCUGUGGCCUUCCAGUUCCAGAAAAGGUUGAGAGCUGCAAAAUCCUGGACUUGGGUAGUGGAUCUGGAAGAGACUGCUUUGCCCUCAGCAAACUUGUUGGAGAGGAGGGGCAUGUCACAGGAAUUGAUAUGACCAAGGAAUUGAUUGAUGUGUCUUGUAAAUAUAUUGAGUACCAUCAAAAGAAAUUUGGCUACAUUAAGCCCAACACCACCUUUGUCCAUGGAUAUAUGGAAAAGCUAAGUGAGGCUGGCAUUCAGAAUGACUCCAUGGAUAUUGUGGUAUCCAAUUGUGUAAUUUGCUUGUGCCCUGAUAAAAGAGCAGUACUGCAGGAAGCCCACAAUGUCCUAAAGGAAGGAGGCGAGGUGUACUUAAGUGACAUGUAUGCCAGCAAAGUGAUCCCUGAUCGUUUCAAGCAAGAUCCAAUUUUGUGGGGUGAGGGAAUGGGUGGUUCUCUGUUUUGGCCAGACUUCAUUGCACUGGCUCAGGAGGUGGGCUUUAGCACUCCCUGCCUUGUUUCAGCAAGCCAUAUUGUGAUCCACAACUGUGAGCUAAAAGCAAAAACGGGUGACAUCAGCUACGCAUCGGGUACUUAUAGGCUCUUUAAGAUACCCAAAACCCGAGUCAUGUCCAAGGCGGCAGUGACCUAUAAAGGAACUGUAGCAGAUUUUCCAGAUGAAAUUGAGUUUGAUUCCUCACACAUUUUCAAGAGAGAUGUAGCAGUGGAAGUGGACUGGGAGAUGGCAGCAUUUCUCCGGUGCUCUCGUUUCUCCCCAGACUUCAGCAUCCAGAUAUUGGACAAACCACAGCCGAGCCCCAGCUCAACAGCACAGUACUGCCACCUCAAUCCUUUUCUGCUGGCUGACAAGCGGGGCUCCUCUGUGAGACAAUGCUCCAAAACAGACCGAUCAGGAGGAUGCAGCACCUGAUGGAUGGAACCUCGAUAAGACAGAAACCUGGAAGCAGACAGGCUAACUGAUUUUUAAGACUAAAAAUAAUUAAAACAAAUC